AUGGCCCACGUGACCUCGCCGUUGGCCGAGCCAGCGACGCCCAUGGACGUCGUCUCGACUGCGCCACUGCCCUGCGCACUGCCACAACGCGAACAAGACGUGGCGAUGGAUACACGUAUACAACUGGGGACCACGCACGGGGUGCAGGAGACGCAGUCGAUGGAGACGCAGUCGACGGACGUUCAUUGGUCUGCGCCGAUCCAGGCACACGAGUGUAAAACCGACCAGACGGUGGCACAAGUGGCGGAUGGCAGUAGUCGGAUCACAGAUGACGAAAGUCGGGCGACUGAAGUAGCAGCAGCAAAAGCUGCCACUUUGGAUUGUGGCACUAGCCAUGUUUCAGAGGCGACCCAAACAACGUGGUAUUGUCCAAGCGGUUGCGCGAGUGUUGCAGCAACAGCAGCUGUACCGCUCCCUAUUGUGCCCGUCAGCGACGACACUGACCUGGAUGCACACGCGACCAGUUUGGAUGAAGAGGCGAAAGCGUCUGUAGCUCCUGAGACACCACGUGAAUACGCUCCAGUGAAUGAGCGGAUACGACUGCCGAGAGCUGCUGCUACUGCUGCGAUUGGUGGGAUGGCGCGCCAGGCCAAGCAGGAAGCACGUGCCUCUGUGCUCGAAGCGGAAGAGGGGAUGAACAUGGACGUGGACAUGGGCCACAACAGUAAAAAGCGGACGACCAGAGGAACGCGACCAGCUGCAAAGCGAUCUCGAGUUAGGGCCUCGAGGAAUACGUUGGAGAGGGGCAGUGUCCAGAAAGCUUCACCACGUGUCAGGAAGCGACGCCAGGUCUCUGCGUCCAGAGCGAGGCCAACUGAAUUGUCCCCGGUGAUUACUGAUCUCCCUCCACUGCCAUUUACGAGCACAAGUGUGAGCAAGAACAAGACAAAGGCGAUGGACUUGAUAACGACAGGAGUGGAGAAUGACAGCGAUGGUGUGGAUGGUAAUGAUGGCGAUCGGUGCUGCGAGUUUUGCAACAAGGAGGCAAACGUCUGUGUGCUGAUGCAUUGUCGCGCCUGUCGUCGCGUGUACCACGCGCAGUGUUUUGUCCAUGCGUUCAAACCCUAUGUUGAUGAACAAUUGCCCAUCUGGGACCAGAUAAAACGCCUGCAGCUGGAAGCGCCAGAGCGUCGUGGUGAUAUUUUCUGCUGUGCGUCGUGCAAAGCUGCGUUUUCGGAUUUCUACGCGAGUGGUGGGUACUUGUGGGACUGUGAUUGUGUGACGUGUUCUCAGCCUGAAAAAGCGCUUCUUUACCGCCAACGAAAGCUGGUGCAAAUGAUGAACGGAAUGGACCUAGAGAGGCGACGUAAACGAGAGCGAAACGGUAGAAAGAAGACUGGGACUUCCAGUGCUAGUGAGAAACCGCCAGGUCUGUCAAAGUCGGGAUCGUCAAAUUUGACACCACGCAGUCGGAAACGAGGGAGCAGUGCCGUGGCUGAUGACCCGAUCGUUUGUUCGCCAAACUCAAGGCAAUCAACGUCAGCAACGCAAGAUGCGUCGCUUGGGGGCGAUGUUUUGAUGAACAUGCAGCCUGUUGGCGAGCUGAAGCAGUCUGAACUUUCAGGAGAUGAUCUCAUCGAUGCUGUGGAUGUGCUGCAAAGUGAAAAAAAUGGUGGCUGGUGCUUUCCGGUUGUGUGCUCACGGACAUUGAGCUCUCGAGAAUCUGGUAUAACAAAAACGGGCAAGUGCACGUGGUCCCCGCAAGAGCAGUCAACAAUUCAUUGCAACUGCUGUGACAAGGCGUACAUACUUCAUGACUUUGUAAGCCACACGGACAACAGUUUGAUCACCUUCGCACAUGCAAGUAAAAGUCCAAUGUCGUUUUUGUUUGUUGAGCACCGUGACGGCACUGAGUACAGUUUGCUUGGGGAUUUCCAGCCGGCCCUCCGAAGCUGGCAUGAUCGGCAAAGUAUGGAGAUCCCAAUCGUUGAGUCGUGCCAUAGUAAUGAUACGAAGCAGGAGGCGCCUGUCGCUGCCGAGACGCCUGCAAUACCUGUGACAAACUCCGUUACCAUUACGGAUGUGCCUCAAACCUCUGUGUCUAGGAUCCAAGCGCUCGCAUUGUUCAAGCGUCCAAAACUCGAAGGCUGUGAGCCUAUAUCCAUAGCGUGCUCGGUCUAUCCAGCAACUUUGAACUAUGUGGCCCAGGUCGUGUGUUUGUCACCAAAGUAUGUGAUGAACAUGCAAAAUGGUGCUCUUGCUGAUCGUGUUGUGCGGUCUAGAACGCCAGCACCUGAAGACUCGUUUCCACGGAAAGCAGGCUGGCUGGCAUUCAGUCGCAAUCCGGUGUCGGCUCGCCAGAUCGUUUGUUUUUGCUGCAAGCAUGACUUCAGUUUCGAUGAGUUUGUGGGACACGCUGGCAUUUCGCUUACGGAGCUUCAGAAAAAACCGAGCCAGCUGUUGUAUGUCGUGGAAAGACAAGACAAGUCGGCAUUGGUGCCAUUCAACACCUUUUUGUCGGACCUGGACUAUGUCACGAUAAAUGGUGUGGAUUCGUUUCUGGAUGAGUUGCAACCACCGCCUUCGUCUCCGUUUCCAAUAUAA